AUGUGGAGGGGCGGCGCCACCGCGGCCUACGCCGCGAGGGCUCUACGCUCUCGCCUCCUCCCUGACCCCAUCCACCACCCGGUCGCGUCGCUCGCUCUUAUCGCCUCGACGCGUGCCUCCUCGUCCGCACCCUCCGCCGCAGCAGCGAACAACGUCGUUGAAGAAGCAGCGGCGGCGGCGGCUGUAUCCGUUUCGCAGCAGGCCGGAUCCGUCUCCGACGCGCUGCGGCACUACGGGAGGUGCUACUGGGAGCUCUCCAAAGCCCGCCUCAGUGCUCUUGUUGUGGCAACUUCGGGGGCUGGCUAUGUGCUUGGUAGUGGCAACAUCGUGGACAUCGCCGGACUUUGUUGCACAUGUGCUGGUACAAUGAUGGUUGCAGCAUCUGCAAAUACCCUCAACCAGGUGUUCGAGAUAAAAAAUGAUGCUAAAAUGAAAAGGACAAUGCGGCGGCCCUUGCCAUCAGGUCGCAUUAGUCCUGCACAUGCUGCUAUGUGGGCUACGAGUGUUGGAGCUACAGGAACAGCUUUGUUGGCCUGGAAGGCUAAUGGCUUGGCAGCUGGGCUUGCAGCUUCUAAUCUUGUUCUGUACGCAUUUGUAUAUACUCCAUUGAAGCAAAUACACCCAGUUAAUACAUGGGUAGGAGCAGUUGUUGGUGCCAUUCCACCACUUCUGGGGUGGGCAGCAGCUUGUACUGAAUUGUCACUAAAUGCUAUGAUUCUCCCUGCCGCAUUGUACUAUUGGCAAAUACCCCAUUUUAUGGCGCUCGCAUACUUAUGUCGCAAUGAUUACCUUGCUGGAGGGUACCGUAUGUUUUCUUUUGCUGACCCUACUGGUAAAAGAACUGCGUGGGUAUCGCUCAGAAAUUGUCUGUACAUGCUGCCUUUGGGAUUGUUUGCAUACAACUGGGGCCUCACAUCUGAGUGGUUCGGUGUUGAAGCAUCACUUCUAACGAUGGGCCUUACCAUUGGAGCUCUAUCGUUUGUGCUGGAACCAAGUCCAAAAACUGCAAGGAGAAUGUUCUAUGGAAGCCUGCUGUAUCUCCCUGCCUUCAUGGCUGGACUUCUAUUACAUCGGCUGCCUAACAAACAAAAUGCGCACAACCUGGCUGAGACAAGUGAGCUCGGUGGAGUUCUUUACAGGGCCGAUCUGCAGGACAACGAAAGAGCGAGACAGAAACACGAAGACAGGAAACCUUCUCGUGUGCAAUCACGCCCUCCAGUCGCCUAUGCUUCUGUGGCUCCAUUCCCUUUCUUACCAGUACCCAUAUACGAGUCAUGAAAACCUUCUCUGGUUCUUCCUGCAGCACUGGACCUGUAGAAGCAAUGUGUUCAUGCAUUUUUGGCUUCAUACAUGAAUUUUCUGCCGCCAAGGGGGUCCUUGGUCUAUCUGUUGUUGAAAUUAUAGAAUAAUUUUUAUGGGGGUGAGCUCUUUGCGGCCCAUCUGAAUGUAAAAAAGUGCCGCUGAUCCUCUUUCUGAUGCCUCGAGUAACACGGUUACCCUGUGCUUUAUUUUCUUCCAAAUUUGGUUUAACACUAAUGACGCGCAUUCAAGUUUCAUUUAAAUGCUGGUGGUCUUCAUGUUGACUGCACUUAUU